CUCUCUUCCCCGUCCUCGCCGCCUGGCGCCACCUCUGCCUCCAGAAGCCCCGACCAAAAACCCCCGACCAACCACCCACCGCCGGGCAAAACCCUACCCUACCAGCCACCGCCACCGCCACCGCCACCGCGGCGGCGCGAUGGUCGUCUCCUUCAAGCUCUCCCGCCGCGGCCGCCGCUUCUACCCGCCGCCUCCGGCCUCCGCCCCCGCCGCCGACGCCCCGGACGGGUCGCCCAAGCCGCCGCCGUGGGAGGUGAGCACCCUCGCCGCGCCUCCCACCUCCCCGUCUCCGUUCACGAUAAGCAUCGCGCCUGUCUAUCUCCUCCGUAUCGCGAGAUUUCGCGGUGAACACGAGCGUACGGACACUCAGCAUCUGAAUUCUGAAACGACCGUGCAGGCGGGGCCGGGGCUCGGUGGCGGCAACGGCGUCGCCGCCGGAUUGUCCGCGCACGGCGGGGACGGAGCCGAUCCUGCCGAUUUCGGCCUCGAGGUGUCCUUCGCGCUGAAUCUGUUCCCGGAUGGGUACUCGGUCGGCGGGCUCGACAAGGGGAUGCUUGUGUUCCUGGUUGGUGAUGAUCUAGAGAGGAUGCCCUACACCAGGGCGUCCAGAGCUCUGCUGUCUGAUAUUGAGUAUGGCUGCCUGCCUAAAGAUAUAUUGCACGGUGUCCCUUGCAAAUUCCAAAAUGGAAUUGUUGUUUGUGAGGUGCGGGACUACAGGUCCUUCCUGUCGAAUGGGGAUGAUUCUUCAGAAGACGACUUCCCCAUAAUGAACAGAAUUGCUCUUAGAUUGAGCACUGAAUGUGUUGUCAAUGAUCUAUCUUUGAUUGCGGAUGCUUCGUGGACUUAUCACGAGCAACUGAUUGCCGAGUCGACCAUCAUUAAUUCCUUGCAACCCAGGCUUAAUUUGGAUCCUAAGCCGAAAAGCUUUGCAACUCUGUUAAGAAGAUCGAUUUAGGUCUACAUAAGGGAAGACAACGAAUGGAAGCGACAUCUCUUCUCAAUACUUCUCCUGGCCCUCCUGAAAAAUGCAAGCCCAGGGAAUGCGACGCCUGUGAUGGUGCAGUAGUAUGCAUUGAGAAUUCAGCUCUAGAAGUCUUGCCAAGCGGAAUACUGAGCUGCUUGCCAGUGAACUGUCCAUCACCUCCCCAAGUUAACAGUGCCAAAUCAACUGCAGUGUCUGAUCCCG